UCCGUUGCUUCUCUCCCUCUGCCAAGAUGGCGGCGGGCGCGGGUGGCGGAAGUGGUGCCGGCGCGGCCGGGGCUGCCUCGGUGGCCUCGCUGUGGAGCGAAGUGAACCGCUGCGGCCAGAACGGCGACUUCGGGCGCGCCCUCAAGUCGGUCAAUAAAAUACUGCAGAUCAGCAAGGAUGAUGCAACUGCUCUUCACUGCAAAGUGGUAUGCCUUAUCCACAAUGGAAGUUUUAAGGAAGCCCUCAGUGUGAUUAACACCCAUACCAAAGUAUUAACCAGUGAUUUGAUAGCCUUUGAGAAGGCUUACUGUGAAUACAGGCUGAAUAGGAUUGAAAAUGCUCUGAAGACCAUUCAAGGAGCCAGUCAGCAGACAGACAAGCUAAAGGAGCUGUAUGGACAAGUGUUGUACAGAUUAGAACGUUACGACGACUGUUUAGCUGUGUACCGGGACCUCAUACGCAACUCACAAGAUGAUUAUGAAGAGGAACGGAAAACAAACCUCUCUGCAGUUGUUGCUGCACAGAGCACAUGGGAGAAAGUCGUGCCAGAGGAUCUUGGCCUUCAAGAAGCCACAUAUGAGCUGAGCUACAAUGCUGCUUGUUCUUUGGUUGGGCAGGCCAGGCUGAACGAGGCAAUGAAAAGCCUACAAAAAGCAGAAGAUCUGUGUCGCCAGUCUCUCUCAGAAGAUUCGGAUGUUACCGAAGAAGACAUUGAGGCUGAACUGGCUAUUAUUCAUGGUCAGAUGGCUUAUAUCUUGCAGUUGCAAGGUCACACAGAGGAAGCCCUGCAGCUUUACAAUCAGAUAAUCAAACUGAAGCCAACAGACGUCGGGUUGCUUGCUGUCAUCGCCAACAACAUAAUUACCAUUAACAAGGACCAAAAUGUCUUUGACUCAAAGAAAAAGGUGAAACUGACCAACGCUGAGGGUGUUGAACAUAAACUCUCGAAGAAACAGCUCCAAGCAAUAGAAUUCAAUAAGGCUCUGCUGGCCAUGUACACCAACCAGGCAGAUCAAUGUCGCAAGCUGGCAUCAAGUUUACAGUCACAGAGCCCCGAACAUCUCCUCCCUGUGCUAAUCCAGGCAGCACAGUUGUGUCGAGAGAAACAGCAUACCAAGGCAAUAGAGCUGCUACAGGAGUUUGCCGAUCAGCACCCUGAGAAAGCAGCAGAGAUUAAGCUGACGAUGGCACAGUUGAAAGUUGCUCAAGGCAGUGUCACGAAAGCAUGUAUCAUCCUGAGGUCUAUAGAAGAGUUAAGGCACAAACCAGGCAUGGUAUCUGCAUUAGUGACAAUGUAUAGCCAUGAAGAAGAUAUUGAUAGUGCUAUAGAGGUCUUGGCUCAAGCGAUUGAAUGGUAUCAAGAAUUUCAGCCAAAGUCUCCAGUUCAUUUGUCGUUAAUUAGGGAAGCUGUCAACUUCAAGCUAAAACACGGACGGAAGAAGGAAGCCAUCAGCGAUCUAGAGGAGCUGUGGAAGCAAAAUCCAGAUGAUGUCCAUACCCUGGCCCAGCUCAUUUCUGCAUACUCCCUGGUUGAUGGUGAGAAAGCGAAAGUACUUAGCAAACACUUGCCUUCUUCGGACACAAUGUCUCUGAAAGUAGAUGUGGAUGCUCUUGAAAACUCGCAUGGGGCUACAUACAUUCGGAAGAAAGGAGGGAAACCCACAGUUGAGAACCAGCAGAAAGAACAAGGCCAAGGUGAUGUCAAGAAGAAGAAGAAGAAAAAGAAGGGAAAACUGCCAAAGAACUAUGACCCUAAAGUUGCUCCUGACCCUGAGCGCUGGCUUCCAAUGCGGGAACGUUCCUACUAUCGCGGGCGGAAGAAGGGCAAGAAGAAGGACCAGAUUGGGAAAGGAACCCAAGGAGCAACAACAACAGCAGCUUCUUCUGAAUUGGAUGCUAGCAAGACUGCAAGUAGUCCACCUACAUCCCCAAGGCCUGGCACCGUAACGGCAGUCCCAUCUGCAUCAACAAGCAACAUGAUACCGCCAAGGCAUCAAAAGCCUGUUGGCGCAGCUGCCACAAAGAAGAAACAGCAGCAGAAGAAAAAGAAAGGUGGGAAAGGAGGCUGGUGAUCAUGGCAAGCAGGCUGUUUAAAUUGAAAUUGCCUGUCUUCCUUUUAUUUCCUUUUUUUCCAAUUGUGAAUGCUGAGAGCAGAAUAAAGGUCAAACAAAAA